CAAAAAGUUGAUUUGUUCCUCAGAGGCUGCAGCUCAGCACAUCCAGCCAAAUUCGCAUGUCUCCGUGCGUCAGCGCAUGUUUCUGUGGGCGAGGACACAUAUGGUGAUGAGACUGAGCACAUGUGUUAUUGUCGCCUCCUCCAAGUUAAUCUCUGAAGAGGAGGUGUGGUUGCCUCCUCCUUCUUUUGGAUCCCAAAACUGAAUAUUCAACAGCGUUUUGCCUCAAGCUUUUCAUCGAACGUCAGUUUUGACUGUGAAACAUCCUCGGGUGGUUCGAUUUCGAUACUUUACCUGGCUUUGGUCUUAAAUCUCUCUAAAAUGAGUUUCAGCAGUGAUGUGGAUGAGACAGAAGAUGGGAGCAACAGAGAGUUUGAGAGCGUGGAGAUGAAUAAGCUGCGUCAGAGCCUGCGCAGGAAGAAGCCCACCUACGUGCCGGAGGCCAGCCGGCCGCACCAAUGGCAGGCAGACGAAGAGGCUGUACGAAAGGGCAAAUGCAACUUUCCUGUCCGGUACCUCGGUCUGGUGGAGGUAGAGGAGUCCAGAGGGAUGCAUGUGUGCGAAGAAGCAGUGAAAAAACUGAAAAUGAGUGGGAAAAAAACUGUCAAGGCUGUGCUUUGGGUGUCUGCUGAUGGCCUGAGAGUAGUAGACGACAAAACCAAGGACCUCAUUGUUGACCAGACCAUUGAGAAGGUGUCCUUCUGUGCACCUGACCGUAAUUACGACAAAGCAUUCUCCUACAUCUGCCGUGAUGGAACGACUCGCCGCUGGAUGUGCCACUGCUUCAUGGCCUUGAAGGACUCGGGUGAACGUUUGAGUCAUGCGGUCGGAUGCGCCUUUGCUGCUUGCCUUGAGCGGAAGCAACGCAGAGAGAAGGAGUGCGGGGUCACAGCUUCCUUCGAUGCAAGCCGCACAUCAUUUGUGAGGGAAGGCUCCUUCCGAGUCUCCUCAGCUGGACAGCAGAGUGACCGAGAGGACAUCAUGAAACAACUGCAGGACAAAAAGAAAGAAGCGUGUGGAAUUUCUGCAAUGCCACCUGGAAAUGCAUCUCCUCCAGAAGGAGCGGCGUCACCAGGGGAGCGAGCGGAGCCAGGCGGGCCUCACGCCAUCCCACGCCGCCACGCUCCUAUCGAGCAGCUGGUGCGGCAGGGCUCUUUCCGUGGCUUUCCACAACUUAGUCAGAAGAACUCACCUUUCAAACGGCAGCUCUCCCUACGCUUGAAUGAUCUCCCAUCAACCCUGCAGCGCAAGACGGACUUCCAGACUAAGAACCCAGUUCCAGAGAUGGAUCUAUCAGUGGCAGGAGAGGCGGACAGCAUAAAUGCUCUGUGCAGCCAAAUCAACAGCUCUUUCACCAAACCAUCUGAGGAUCUGUGUGCCAAAGCCAAUGGCAACUGCUUACCAGUUUGCAGUGCUCCACCUGCCAUUCCCCCUCCACCUGCUCCACCACAAGCUACAAGCUCAUGGGUUCAGACAGAGCCGGCUGUCCAGUCUCCUCCACCCGUUCCUCAGGGCGGCCACAAACGAACCCCGUCCGAAGCAGAACGCUGGUUGGAGGAAGUGGCUAAAGCGGUGAAAGCCCAGCAGCAGACUCCACCGACCCUUCCACCACCACCCACUCAGCAACCUCCGCCGGUGCCCACCAUGCCCAUUGCACCUGGUUCCCUCCCCUCCUCCAUGCAGCCAUUCCCGAUGGCCUUUGAUGUCACCCCCGCACCCGUAGGCAUGUUCGCCCAACAGCCCCUUCAACCGGCUUUUGUACCUAUGCAGCCAUAUAUGCCCAGUCUGGCCAACAGUAUGACCUAUCCCAAUGCCAGUGUGCCCGUGGUGGGCAUCACACCGUCACAGAUGGUGGCUAAUGUAUUCUGCACUGCGGCUGGGACAGGGGGUGGUGGAGUGGCGAUGGGGAUCGGGAUGGGGCCAAAGACGGGUACACUUGGCGGUGGCCAACAAUCAGCUUUCCCCACCCUGUCCGGAGGCUUCCCAACCACCACGUUCCCAUCUCCUCCAACCGUCAACGGCCAUCCACAUAAUUCCUUUCCAUCAACGACCACAACUACGAGUGUCACACAAAACGGUAGUACCAUAAAAAGCGGCACUAGCUGGCCGAUGGAGAGUCUGAAUCUGAAUCCCACAUGCAGUUCCCAGGAAGCAGAGCAUUUUGAGGCAAAGUGGGCUGCUCUAGAGUCCAAAUCGCAACCGAAGCCACAAAACCCUUUUUCGAAUGACUUACAAAAGACUUUUGAGAUUGAACUAUAAUCGUAAGGAGACUCUGAACUAUUUCAUACCCCAUUCCCCUUCCCCUUUUUUGUCUCCUAAAGGGUUUUCUUAUGCUCAAGGGCAUUGGUUGAUGUAAGAGAACAUUCGAUUGCAUUUUGCGUCAUUUCGAGAAUCAGACUCAAGAUUUGGUGAACAGAAAGACCGUCACAAUAUGUUCGGCACUUACAAGACAGCUUGAAAGAGAAACCUGCACAUUACUUUCACCGGGAAUGACCCUUGCUUGGAAAAUGAAUGAUUUUGCUUGAAGGAAAUAUUGAAAUUAGGGGAUGGUCCAAGUUUAUUUAUUGUUCUUAUUUGAUUAUAAUGGUUAUUUUUAAUCAGAUUUUAAUUAUUCUGGGUUUUCCCUUAUUUAUUUACAUUGAACAGGGUGAAGGAUUACUGGUGGAAUAAAUUGGCUACUUGAAAAUUGAUUCACCAAAUGAUAGAUUGAAUAAUUUGGUUUACGUUAUCUUGUAGAACUGAGUUUACGUUGUGGUGUAAAUAGCAUGCUUUCAGUUUACUUUAUUUAUUGCCCGUUUCUGUGGCCGUUACGUUCAUUAAUUCCAAAUGAAUCAGAACCAUUGAAGGAUCCGCUCUGAACCAAGUGGAUACCAAAAAUUCCACCAACAAGCACAUUCCAACCCUGAUUAUACGAUCGAGACCCAUCAUGCAAUGGAAAACUAGACCUAAAUGCCACUGUAGUGACCUUGACUUCUAGUAAUCAACCUUUUAGAGAUUUGGAACAAUAUUUCUGAGGUUUAUAGUUUUAUUUUUAUAAUCCGUUUAGCCAGACCUGUUGAAAUAUAUGAAUUUGGUCAACCUUAACAUUAUUUUCAAUGGUUUCAUGGGGCUUCUCAGUUGUUAUGAAUGUAUUUCAGAAACUCUAUGACCAUUCUAGGGUGGUAAAAUGACAAAAUGUGUUAAAUGGGUGGUUGUGAAGAUCAAGUGUGUAAGGAAAUAUUGAAAAAAAGAUGGAGGUUAUAGUGUUCGUUUUUGCAAGCAAUGGAACGACUACACAGACUCUUAAAGGAACAGAGUCAUACGGUCCUGUUCAUGCAUGCUUAAAAUAUCCCAUAUUACAGUAUGUUAAAACAUUGAAUAUGCAUAUUAGUCUUGGCUUUUGUUUCUUAUCACCACUGUUUCACUCGCUCUGGUCUAAGAAAGGGAAUAAUUGUCUUUAAUUGCAGGGGAAUAAUGGCACACACUCUACACAAUACGAUCUCAUUCAGUUAUUGUAAAAAUAGAUUUGGAUCCUGCUCAUUCAAGAGGUUCAUAUUUUCUCCAGUGUGGAGCAUUUAGGCACACUUAUUGUUCAGUAAUGCUCAAUGGUCGUAUUUUUAUUUUCUUGGGAAAUUAUCCAAGUUUGCGAAUAAGAUGUUGAAUGAGCUUUCUGGAGUGUGUGGAGCCUGCAUGUGUCAAAGCUAGAUGAUCAAAGUCAGACUGCACACUGUGCUCGGUGAGGUGAACAAAAACACUGUUCCUGUGGAGAUUUAAUAGCAGUGGACAUUCAAGGCAGGCACAAUGUUUUUAACUCCUGUUUCAAAAGGCCAGUUUGACCGUCAUGUGUUAUAAAUUGACCUCCCGGUUUUCUUAUCAAUUGUUUAUUACAGGGUCAAGCGGGUCUAUUGUGGCACAACGAAUCUAAAAAUACUCCUUUUUCCAAAGACAAUGCAUUUGUAAUUUGGCCAAACGAUAUGUUGUAUGGCGUCAAACGGAUGAAUUUAUUAUACUCAAUUGCCCUGGCUCUUUUUGUCCACACUCUCCCCAUGACAAAAUCUAGGUUUUUCAAAACCAGGGAAUUAAAUUACCUCAUAAAGUUGAUUGUAAAGUUUAGUGUAGUGAUAACAAACCAGUGGAGUUUAUUUUUAAUCUUUAUUUACAGAAUUUUGUAUUUAAACCUACAUAUUUCUAUUGUAAUUACAUUGUAUAAAAGAUAAAUAAAUAAUAUAAUAUAAACAAUGGUACCUUUGUUGGUGGCUUGAUUCAUGUACAUCAUACAUAUAUACAAAGAGGAGAUCAAGAUUUGUUUAUUAUUAUUAUUAUUAUUAUUAAUUCCCUUUAUUUUCUGUGGUGAAACUCAUUAUAUAAUAGUCAACAUUUGAAAUGGAUCAAAAAAGUUCAUCAAAGAUGUCCUAAGACAAGAAUGCAUUUUGGUUUUAGGUUUUAGGACAACUUUGAUGAAAGUUUUUGAUCCAUUUCAAAUGUUGACUAGUGUAUAUGUAAGAGGAUCAAAAAAUCGUUUAUUUAUAAUUUGACCUGAAUGUAUUUUAUUAAGAUUCACCCCAAAACAUAUUUUGAAUAGAAAUUGUUCUAAAUGUAAUUUAUAUAAUUAUUACAUUAUUCUAAAUGUUAUUUAUAUAUAUAUAUAUAUAUAUAUAUAUAUAUAUAAAAUAUGAAUUCCCAUAUAUAAUGAGAAUAUGAGGAUCACCACAGGAGGAAAAACAAUUAAAAUGUUUGUUUGUUUAUUUAUUUCAGAUAAAAUGUAACCGGGGGGCUGCUUCAUAAAACAAGUUUACAAAACAAGCCAGGCUUAUUUCAGUUAGUCUGCCUUAUUUUCAACCAAAUCAACUGACAAGACGUCAGACUAACUGAAAUAAACCUGGCUUAUUUGGUAAACUUGUUUUAUGAAACAGGCCCCUGAAUGUGUUUAAGAUUCACCCAAAAAACACAUAUUUCUAAUAGAAAUUGUGCGGAAUGUAUUUUCAUCUAAUGUAGUUAUUGUAUUAAAUUUAAACAAUGAAUAUUUAAUAAUAUUUAAAAAAAAAAAAAAAAACAUAAUUCAUUAUAUAUAUGAAUUUUCAUAUGUCAUGAGAAUAUGAUAAGGAUCGCCAC